CGUGCACUCUCGCAGCAUGAAGAUAUCCGAGGGUAUCCGACUAUCUUUGUUUGGGACGUAAAAUUUGGGGAAGAACGAGGCGUGAAGGGAAUUACCAGUGCGUGCAGCAUUGAGUUCCUUCAUGCAGUAAUGACAUUACACUGCAGCAGUACAGACUACAGUAUCUAGGAUGUAACUUCAGGAGUUCAAGUGAGCACUCAACACCAAAUUCUGUGACGUAGGCCAAGUUGCUAGUAGGAAUGGCGUUGGGUCAGUGUAAAGUGCGCUUCAACAUGAUUGUCGCUGCAGAUGAGAAGUUAGGUAUUGGGAAGAACUUGCUUCUGCCUUGGAAUUUACCGACGGACAGAACAUUUUAUUUGAAUUGUGUUAACAAAGUUAGUCCCAACAAAAAGAAUGCAAUGAUCGUGGGUCGACUGACGGAAUCUAUUUCAAAACAAGAGAGAAAACCCCACAAGCUGUUCUUUGUGCUCAGCAAAACAUUAAAAGAGCUGCCCCCAAAAGCAGACUAUUUAUGCCGAAGUCUUGAGGAGGCACUGUCCAUUAUUGAAGGUCCUGAACUCAGAGAUGUUGUGGAGAAUGUCUGGAUAAUUGGAGGGUAUGGGGCGUACAAGGCAGGGUUAGAGUCUCCUCAAUGUCAUCGUUACUACAUUACAAGAGUCUACGGUGACUUUCAGUGUGAUGCAUUCUGUCCUGAUGUGGAUUUGACCAAAUUCAAGCUUGUCAGUGAUCCACAUAUCCACACUGAGGAACAGGAAGAGAAUGGUAUCAAGUUCAAAUUUGAAAUCAAAAUGCAGAAUAUUCAGCAAAUGGCUGUCCAGAAAAAUUAUAAUUUGAUCGUUGCUGCGUGCAGGUGUAAGGAUUCUUUGGGAAUAGGAAUUAAUGGUACAAUCCCAUGGAGAUUGCGGACUGAUUUGAAGUUCUUCAGUGCCCAAACUUCAAAAACAACUGAGAGUGACAAAAAGAAUGCUGUCAUUAUGGGUCGUAAAACAUGGCUGUCUAUCCCAGGAAAGUUCCGACCACUUCCUAACAGAGUUAACGUUGUCCUCAGCAAAACACUAAGUGAAUGCCCAGCAGAUGCUGAUCAUCUUUGCCACAGCCUUGAUCAAGCUAUCAACCUUCUUUCUGAGCCUCCCAUUGCCAAUGGCAUUGAUGCUAUUUGGAUUAUUGGUGGAAGCUCUGUUUACAAGGAAGCCAUGGAGUCAAGCCUGUGUCAUCGUAUCUAUCUGACACGCAUCCAUGCAGAGUUUGAGUGUGAUACGUUCAUCUCAGAGAUUGACACCUCCAAAUUUCAACAAGUCCAUGAUCCAGAAGUAAACAGUGAACGACAGAAAGAAAACAACAUUGAAUUCAACUUUGAAAUUUACCAGAAUGUUCAACACACAUCAACCUUAUGAAUGCAUCUCGCUGUAAGAUUGAAAUCAGGUCUGAGACAUUGUCUUUAUUCACAUAGAAUUUUGACCUGUGCUUUUCUAGGAAAUAAGAUGCAUUCAUAUAUCCUCCCCCAAAUUACAUAGAAAGCAAAGCAGAUAAUACAGUGGAAGACCUUGCGACAUUGCUUUCCUAUUAUUUACACUUACCCAAGUAAAAAAGCUGAAAUAUGUAGGAUUGAGUCAAUUCGAAUAAUUCAAAUAUAGUUCAAAUAUUUAACUUUCAAUGUUCAAUCUUCCCGACCGGAGGUUGUUGAUGAUAGAGUUGCAGAAUGAGGUCAUGUAAGAUGCUAUAGCAAUUUGUUUCCAAUAUGAAGACACGUCCAGCAUGCGUCAAGGGGUUUUGGCUCCUAAUCUAAAGAUUUGGCUCAUUGUUAUAUGGCUCUGCAUGGUGUAGCGAACACAUUUCAAGCCCAAUUGAAAACAGUUUAAACUCAAAGUUCAGUGCUUAGUAACAUGCAAGCCUACAUUACAGGUGUUUUUCAGACAAAUAAUAAAUUAUUGUCUUGACCUUA